GCCGCCCGCGCGCACGCCGCCGCCUCCUCUGCUCCCGCUUGCCGCGCCACCGCCUCCUCGCGCUCUACCGCGGACCGCUCCACUCCCGUCUCCCGCUGCUGCCAUUCGUCCUCUGCGCCGGCCUCCCCAUCAAGAUCCGCCUCGUGCAGAGCCGCCCGCCCGCCGGCAAGCAGCAGCAGCCGCCGCCGCCGCCACGUUCGAUGCCGCAAGAAAACCACCGAGCUUGCGCUGGAGCGGCGGGCUUUGUUUCCUCGUCCCAGUCCGCGGAUCCUGUGUGCGUCCCGCGAGUCCUCCCUGCCUGCGCGCAAAAUCCCACCCGUGAGCUCCUUCCUGCACGCGCGCGGGAAUCCGCUCCUCCCAGCUCGCCGGCGCCGUCUUCGAGGUCCUCCACCGUCCGCGCCUUUCCGGCCGCUCGCGCCGACGAGAUCCUCUGCCGUCCGCCUCGCCGGUCCGACGUCUCCGCCCGCCGCCCCAACGCCGCCGCAACCUGAUCCGACGCGCGGUGUGGCCGGGACACCGGCGUGCUGGCCGCGUUCCUCAUGUCACUCGCCCUCCCCAUCUACAUCACGCUCGCGCUGCCGGCCGCCUUCCCCAUCAUCGCUCACCCUCGUGCAGCGCCCACCUCUCUCGCAGCAGAUCCAUGGGUGCCGGAGGCAGUGGACAAGGCCGCGCCUCCCAUCACCAUCUGCAUAAUCUCCUUCCCCUGACACCUGGUGGUAACAAUAAUAACCAUGGACCGCACGUAGGGCGGCGCCGCGGCCUCGCUGGUUAAUGGCGUGGUGUGCUCGGAGGAGGGUGUCCAGGGUGGCGGCUCACUCUACUGCGGUCUCACCUCGGUAGAGACAGCACUCGGCUCCGGGGUCAGCACGACGAGCAGCGGCUGCCGGCGUGAUUUUCUUUUGGAUGGCGAGGGCAGCCUUGGCAGCUGUCAGGCUUGCCCUGCUGCUCCCUAGGCGCAGGAACGGAAACAUGCAUUGAUUUACUCGAUGGUGAACCACCAGAAUAGCAUUGAUUUGCUCGGCUGAAGCAAUGGUUCUCCUCCUCUUCUUCAUUGGAAUGACUUUUGGUGGAGAUGCCUUGCAAUUCGUGGGAUUUUGUUUUCAUUGUUUUGGCCACAACUAAAGCAUCAUAGCUGAAUCUAGCGUGUCAUUAAUUUGCAAGGUAUGGUGAAUGAAGCAUUAACUACAGAAGAUAGUCCAUUAGUUUUUCCAUUUAACGGGCUGUUAAAUCGUGAUUUGUUCAUUUUCUCUGAAGAAACUGGAAGCUAGGGACCUCUUGACACUCCAACAACAUCAUCCAUGUUCUCCGGCUGUGAGAACAUAUGCAACAGCUGUGCACAUAGUUAAGUUUAAUUCCAGUAAUGCUUUUAGCUGUUCCACUUGUUAGGUUUACUAAUUGUACUUCAUGGGGUUAUUAUAGUUAUUGGCCUUGUUAGCUUUCCUGUACAGUUAAGAUCGAAACAGAGUUUAGUUGAUAUUGAUUGUUCCCAAGUAAUAUAAAAGUAGUCUGUAGAAGUUCUCACACUACCAAAUGGGCAAAUGCUGCCUUUAUCACUCCAUUUUGUAGGUAUUAGUUCAUAAGUUGGGACCGUACAGUGUGUUUCCCUAUAUUAUCACUUGAUAUAAUAAAGGCAAUGAUAGAUUCUGCAUCUUUAAGCUUCACUGAAUUUCUGAAGAAAGUAGAUUCUGGUCUUAUGAUCGAGUUUAUGCAUGUUCCAGGUUGUCAUAUUGUCAAUAAAAUUUACUUUAUUUUGACCCUGAAAAGUUUUUUUUACAUGCAGUAUGAAGGGGAUUGUCAUGGUUUUAUAGGUGUAUUCGGGCAUGAUUAGAAGCAUUCAAUAGACAUAUUCUAGCUGCCUUCCUUUUAAGUCGAUUUCUAAAAGCAGUUGCCAGUGACGAUCCUGUAAUCGCCGGGCCAAAUGCCUAUUGUUGAUUACUUCGUUUAGUUUAGUAUUAGAAAAGACAAAAUGUGUGCCCAUUAGAGUUGUCUGUCGGUAAGCAUUAAGGCAGAGUGUCAGUAAGCAUUUGGAGUUUUACUCAUAGUUAACACCGGUUCAAUAUUGUUCCAUCCACUGGAACGGUCCAGAUCUACAACACAUCAUGGCUAUGAGUGUUUGUUGUACCUGAACUUUUUUCUCAGAUUAAUCAGAGCAUGUUUACCUUUAUAAUUUGUAUUGGGACAAGAAAGCAUAAGCUGUCGCUCUGAUAUGCAUGGAGAUAAUGUCAAGAGUGAAGUUGUCUUAAACUCUUACCACUGUAUUUUUAAUAUUCAUGUAAUUCUAUUUAUCUUUGUGCAGUAUUUGUAUUAAACCAUGACAAGUUAUUUAUUCAGUUAUCUAUAAAUGGCCUUGUGAGGGACAUCUACAAUCACCUAACUAUAGUAUUUUCUUGCUACUAACUUCGUAUGAACCAACUUUUGUUUUUUAUUACAGAGCCUGGGGAACUGUUAGUAGGUUAUGCGAGCUGUGAAACUAUAGCAGUCAACAAGUAGAGCUUUUUGGGAAUUCAAAUGAUGUAUUAGGUUCAAUAGAAUAUGUGUGACAGUAAAUGUACUCUUGAACCCUCGUAUUGAAUUACUUAUGGAAUUUCGCUCCAGACUGAUCAUUUUUUCAAAAUAUACUUGUCACUUGUAUAUCUUUAAUUUACUAGUACUAUAAAAUUGAUUGAGCAAUAGUAUAGGUAGUAUACACGUGAUUAGUAUGAGUAGGUUAAGGAUACUAUAAAAAAUAUUAGCAGCAUCAAAAUAUAUUUAUUUAUCUAUUUUUUUAUCGGAGCUGCUAGCGCCCGGACGUCCAGGCGCUAGCGUCGGACGGUAGCAACCAGACCAAAAAUUCCCGCCGCAACAUUGCCGUAUGUUGCAUGCAACGUGACUGAUUCCCCCAAAAGGAAUUUUUCCCUGUCCUGGACCUCUGACCGCAGGAGCUCGUGCGCGAGCCCAGGACGACCUCCUCCUCCCCCGUUCCAUGUUUUGAAGCCAAAUCAGCUGCAACAUGUCGCAUCUACUGCAAUCAAUCGAGUUUCCCCCACCAGAUCGGCCAUAUUACCGUCCUCCCCCACCAAUUGUUGCAGCAAAACCUGCAGAUCCACCCAUGGCGAUGGUGUCCGCCCGCUCAGGAGAUUCGAGCACCGCCCAUGGCGAAUUAAAGUCUGCAUCGAUGUUUCAAUCUCGCCGUGUUGAAGGAACCCCACGGGGGACGGGUGCUCCGACCCUCAGGGCAACAUGCCCGCAGGAUCGUGGGUUCUCUGGGCAACGUGAGAGGCUGCAACAAGUUCAAGCAAUUACAAUGCAAGCCACCAUGAUGUUGUGGGGGCACGUGAAUCCAUGGAAGAAGAGGGUCAUGGUAUUGCUCAAACUGUGUCAGCAAACACUGAUCAUUGUUUUCAAGUAGAAAUCGCUUCGGAUGAGGAUGUAUACCAUGAAGAUGAUGAUGUGGUUUGCUCACAACCUGCGGUACCAUGUGUUGGGAUGGAAUUUGACACAAUAGAUGAAGCAAGGAGGGUGUACAAUGAAUAUGCAUACAAGAUGGGUUUUAGCAUCAGGGUUGCAUCACAUAGAACAAGUCAGGUGACAAAGGAAGUUAUUAGAAAGGAAUUUGAAUGUAAUCAUGCAAGGAAGCCAAAUGAAGAGGGUGGAGACAACACCUCUGCUAGCACAUCAACCAAUGAUCCCGCAACACAGAAGCCAUUGAAGAAGAAAAGUGCAUCAGCCGUAUUGACAACUACAUCGAGGAAGCGCAACACUAUCAAGAAAUAUGAUUGCAGGGCCCACAUGGCUGUUGGUCUGCAUGAUGUAAAGUGGAAAGUCAUUGUCAUGCAACCUGAACAUACUCAUCCAUUAGUGAAAAAACUUGGGAGGAGAAAACUGCUAAGGUCACAUCGAAGCAUUUCCUGGGCUGAUUAUGAGUCGUUGAAAACCCUACACCAUAGGAACAUCAGCACCACACAAAUCAUGGGGAUCCUUGCUGACUUCAAUGGUGGAAUAGGCAACCUUACAUUCAGCACCAAGGAUGUUUCGAACAUGAGAACAAACCUGCGAGGUGGGCUGAAUUUCAGGGAUAUGGAUGCAACUUUAGAAUAUUUUCAGAAGCUACAAGCUGAGAGUCCAUCAUUCUUCUAUGCAGUCAUGAUUGACAGUGGUAAUGCUGUUAGAGGUAUGUUUUGGGUUGAUGGUAGGACAAGGGAACUAUACAAGACCUUCAGGGACUGCAUAUUCUUUGAUACAACCUUCUGCACAAACAGAUACGACAUGCUCUUUGCUCCGUUUGUUGGGAUAAAUAAUCACUUGCAAAGUAUACUACUUGGGUGUGCCUUGCUUCCAGAUGAAACUACAGAAACAUUUGUUUGAGUGUUGCAAGCACUAAAGGAGGCGAUGGUUGGCCUGGAACCAAGAAAUAUAAUGACAGAUCAAGACAAGAUAAUGAAAGCUGCAAUAGAGCAAGUGUUCCCUAAUGCAACACACAGAUGUUGCAAGUGGCAUGUGCUAAGCAGGCAACAGAAAAGUUUGCUUGGUUGAUUGGCAAUGAAGAAGACUUUGCCAAGGAGUUUGACUACUGUGUUAAUCAUACUGAAACAAUAGAUGAAUUUGAGAUGUUAUGACAUAAGCUAGAAGACAAAUACAACUUGCAAGAGAAUGAGUUUUUCCAAAGUAUCUCUUCAACAAGGACAAUGUGGGCACCUGCAUACUUCAGAACAUCUUCUCUUUUACCGGCACAAUAGGAAGGUCGGAAAGUAUGAAUUCUUUAUUCAAGAAAGUGGUGCACCCACAAGAUUCAGUGUUGCACUUUGUGAGCCAGUAUGAAUAUAUCAUGGAUACCAGAGCCGAGAGGGAGAAUGUGGAAGGAUGUAGAGGGGAAAUUUCAGAUCCGCUGCUCUGGGCAAUUUACAACAUCGAAAAGCAAGCUGCCAACUUGUACAGUCGCAAUGUAUUCUCCAAAUUUCAGGAGCUGCUACGUGAUUCAAAAAAAUCAGGAUGGGUGAUGUUGCUGAAGAUGAUCAUGGUUUGACAAUUCAGAUACGAAACCCAAAUUCUAGCAGAGUAUGUAACGUUUCAGUUAGUAAGGAUGCAACUUCAUAUUCGUGCUAAUGCAACAUGUUCGAUAGAGAUGGUCUCCUUUGUCCCAAUAUUCUGAAAGUUUUUACCAACCGAGACAUCCAAGAAAUUCCAGAUAAAUAUUUGCACAAAAGAUGGUCAAAAGAGGUGACAACAAAGAUUCCAGAACAUCUCUCAGGUCCUGAUCCAUGUUUUGGUGUUCCAUGCACGAACAAGCUAAGGUACAAUGCAUCGUAUAGGAAAAUGACAGGACUAGCAGCGAAGGCAUGUUCUAAUACAGAAAAGUACACAGUUGCUUCAGCUGGGAUUGAUGAGUUGCUAUAGCUUGUAAAGGCAGCAGGAAAUCCAACAAAUGUAUAGCCGAGUGAAGCACAAGUUGUUGGGACAGAAAAUAUGUUGGGGGUGGGGGGCAGCAAUCUUCAAGUGCUGAAGAACCCUCCAAGGGCAAGCCAUAAGGGGCAUCCAAAAGAUAAAGUGGACGGGAAAAAGUCAAUCAUGUUGCAAGCAAAGGAGAAGGCGAUGAAAAAGAAGGGGACAACAAAGAAGAAGCCAAAAGUUCCACCAUGCUCCUAUUGUCAUGAAGAUGGUCACAGUGUUCAAACUUGCAAAUAUGGCAUCAGCUGAACAGAUACUCAAGGAGCUUAAGCAAACUGAGCUGAAGUUGUAGUUUCGAUUCUUAAUCAAUUGUUUUUACCAUAUAUGUUUCAACAAAUAGUUUUGUCAUUUGGAAUAAUAUACUUGUACAAUGCCUUUUCUUGAAAAUGGUACAAUGCCUUUUUUUGAUCCAAGGAAAUUCAGUUUGUAAAUCGCAUUUGGAAGCACUUUUGGUCGUGCAACAUUUCAUAUUGUGUAAUGAAACAGAAAAAUUUUAGUA